AGCCCAAUGCACUUCCGGGUUCGUCUCGAAGCGCAGCCAUUGUCCUGCGCGCGGAUGCUUGCAAUCGUUCCGCACCGUAGCCUUUUGAAGUUCACCCCAAGCGAUCGGAAGAGGAUCUGUCUAGUUUAACCCUAGUCUGACGUGGUGCAGAAUCGAAGCAAGGGGCUGCUUAACUCGAGUACGUUUUGCCGCGGAGCCGUGCCGGCAUCCCAAGCAGGGACAGGACAGGCCUGCGCUGCCGGGGCUCGGACGCCCAGCAGCUCACACCUGCCAAACCUGGAGGGGAGCAUGGAGGAGCGGGAUGAGAAGCCCCCAAGGCCCUUGAAAGCCUACGAACAGGACUCUUUCCCUCCUCAAGAGAUUAUCAUCAAGGUGGAGGGAGAAGAUGCUGGGCCACUGACCGCUCCAUCCCAUGAAGGAGUAAACUUCAAAAUUGUGACUGUGGACUUCACUCAUGAGGAUCAGGGCACUUGGAACCCUGCUGUAAGGACCCCAGACAGAGGUGUAACCCUAGAGAACCACAGAGACCUGGUGUCUUGGGACCUGGCAACUGCAUUUGGAAGAAGAGAAUCAACCUUAAAGCAGGGCAUUUUUGAUGAAGAACUCUCUCAUGGAGUGAAGAUAGAAAAAUUAACAAGAGAUGAUCCUUGGCUGUCUUCAUGUGAUGAAGUUCAUGGCUGUAAGGACCAGUUGGAGAAGCAACAGGAGAAGCAAGAGAGACUUUUGCAGGAAGAGGAGUUCACUCAAAGGAAAGCAAUUAUUCACAAGAGAAUCUGCAAAAGUGAUGAAUCUAAGGAGAAGAAUGCUGCUAAUUCCAGUCUUCUUUCACUUCCCAUGGUACCCAUUAAAACCCAUUUUCAUAAAUGUGUGUCGCAUGUUAAAAAAUUGCAACCUGAUUCUGUUGUAAACAGACUUCAGAAGACUAAUGACAGUGAUGAAUUAUGUGAAAAUAAUGAAUGUGGGAAACUCCCUCAGAGCAUACAUCUCAUUCAGUUUACAAGAACUCAAAAAAGAGAGAAAUCCUAUAAAUUUAGUGACAGUAUUAAGUGUUUUAGUCAAGCAACACCCAUAAAUAUAAAUGAGAAAAUUCAUUCAGGAGGUAAAAGCUUUGAUUUUAAGGAAUGUGGGGAAGUUUUGAACCAUGAAUUAUCCCUUAAUGAACAACAGAGAAUUCCUCUUGAAGAGAGUCAGUAUAAAUGUAGUAAAAUUUCUCAGAAUUCAUCCAUUGCUCAAAACAUGAGAAAUCAAUCUGAGGAGAAACCUUUUGAAUGUAAUCAGUGUGGGAAAUCCUUUAGCUGGAGCUCACAUCUUGUUGCACAUCAGAGAACUCAUACUGGAGAGAAACCUUAUGAAUGUAAUGAAUGUGGAAAAUCCUUCAGUCGGAGCUCACACCUUGUUUCCCAUCAGAGAACUCAUACAGGAGAGAAACCAUACAGAUGUAAUCAAUGUGGGAAAUCCUUUAGCCAGAGCUAUGUCCUUGUUGUGCACCAGAGAACUCACACUGGAGAGAAGCCUUACGAAUGCAACCAGUGCGGGAAGUCAUUCAGGCAGAGCUAUAAGCUUAUUGCACAUCAAAGAACUCAUACCGGAGAGAAGCCCUAUGAGUGCAGUCAAUGUGGGAAAUCAUUUAUCCAGAGUUAUAAACUUAUUGCACAUCAAAGAAUCCACACUGGAGAAAAGCCAUAUGAAUGCAAUCAAUGUGGAAAAUCCUUUAGUCAAAGUUAUAAACUAGUUGCUCACCAGAGAACUCACACAGGGGAAAAGCCCUUUGAAUGUAAUCAAUGUGGAAAAUCUUUCAGCUGGAGCUCUCAGCUGGUGGCACAUCAAAGAACGCACACUGGAGAAAAGCCCUAUGAGUGUAAUGAGUGUGGAAAAUCUUUCAACCGCAGUUCUCACCUUGUUAUGCAUCAGAGAACUCACACUGGAGAAAAACCCUAUGAAUGUAAUCAGUGUGGGAAAUCUUUCAGCCAGAGUUAUGUUCUUGUUGUACAUCAGAGAACUCAUACUGGAGAAAAGCCCUAUGAAUGCAAUCAAUGUGGGAAAUCCUUCAGACAGAGUUCAUGCCUUACUCAACACCAGAGAACUCAUACUGGCGAGAAACCAUAUGAAUGUAGUCAGUGUGGAAAGACAUUCAGCUUGAGUGCUCGACUUAUAGUACAUCAAAGAACUCACACUGGAGAAAAACCCUUUACAUGUAAUCAGUGUGGGAAAGCUUUCAUUAAUAGCUCUAAGCUUCUCAGGCAUCAGGCAACUCAUAAUGAAGAGAAACCCCAUGAAUAUAGCUAGUUUACAAAUCUUCAAACCAGAAUUGAUUCUUUCUACUUUUGUUCUUUAUAGAAGUUUAUUUUAAAGGAGUGUGUUUAGAUAAUAUAUGUGUUUAGAUAACUUUAGAUAAUGUAUGUUGACAAACUUUGAUCACUUGUUAUGUAUCUAGAAAUUUCUAUGAAGAAAAGGGGAAAAUCUAUGUACUGCACAUUUUUAACUUAGGAGUUUCACAUGCAAAAUCAAAUUUGGCCUUACAAACAUUCCUGAAAAAUUAUUAAAUAUGGGUACUUUUUGUAGCAGAAAGCACUCAGUCCUGAAUUGGAGAGAAAAACCAAUGAAGUGUGGACCUCUUCUCAAAAAGAGCACACAAAAUUCUAACACUGGUGUACUUGUUAUAGAGAAGGUUGAAAGAUUGCUGUAGUGUUUAGAACUUAGGCUGGAAAACAAUGUUACCAUAUAUCAUUCUACUACAUGAUUUCCCCAUUAGGUAGUUUACACACCUUUUUAAAAAAAUAGCACUUUCUGUUAUAAAUGAUAAUUUUGAGAGGGGAAAAAUGGAAAAUGGCUAUGAUACAAAAUGAAAAAUGCUGGAGAAAAAUAUAGAACUAUUUUCUAGAACUAUAUUUGUGUAUGGAUCAAAAUUGAAAGAUUAUGAAUGUAUCUAUUUGAUAUUUUGGUUUAUAUCAAGUCUUUUUCUUUUAGAAAUAUAUGGUGUUUUGCUAUAAUAAAUGAUAUGAUGAGAAAAAUUAGUUAAAUCCAAAAAGAAACAAAGUUUGCCAUCUUGUUUAACCAUUUAGGAAAAACUGAGCAAUCAGAUAGCAGAGAUCACCCAGGGUUCUGAGAUUUCCAUUUGGCUUAACAUGAGCUAGUCACUCCUUAGGGCUUAGAUUCCUUAGGGAUAUUACCUACAGAAAAUAAAAUAGUUCCUUGGAAAUGGAUAACUAAAAUCUAGACCUGAAAGGGUUCUGCUAAGAGAAUGAGAAUGCAUGGAUAGUACAGAAGUUAUGAAGGCUUACUUUAAUAUAUUUAAUGUAGUGUAAAUAAGCAUUUUCAGGAAAGGUUUUUUCCCCUCAUGUACUAUUGUCUUUAUUCUCUGUGAUAUAUUCCCUAAUGUGAGAGUCCUCUGGGGAUGUGCUGCUCUGCAUAAAUGUUCUUCACCUGAAUUAAGCUUGCGAGAAGGCAUUGAGUGUGGCAACCUUUUUAGGUAUUCUUUGAUUUUUAAGAUUUGGUUCACAGUCUUUCUGGGAUUUUUCUGUAAGUCAUGAAUUCUCAUCAUGUGAAUUAGUAUCCUAGAAAGGAAAUUUUAAAAAUAUGUUGGCUGGGGCCAGGGAUUUAGCUCAGUGGUUCCACUGCCUGCCUCACAAGUGCAAGGUCCCGAGUUCAAUCCCCAGUACCAAAAAAACCCCAAACACUGGCUGGGUUUGGUGGCACACACCUGUAAUCCCAGUACUCAGGAGGCUGAGGCAGGAGGAUUACCACAAGUUUGAGGCCAGCCUGGAUUACAUAGUGAAUUCAGGUCCAGCCUGAACUACAAAAUGAGACCCUGUGUCAAAAAAAAAAAAAGUCAAGAGUUGAACUGAGAGAUCAGAGCAUAGAGGUAUCUCCCCUGGAGAAAUGAAGGAAAACCCAAAAUGACAUCUGAUACAACUUUUGGUGAAAUUCCAUUCCCUUGAAACUGCCCAGUAGAGCAGUCUUUGAGAAUUAAGUCCCAGGGUUUAGCACACUUGGCAGUGACAGAAGGUCUGGGGGAACAGUUGUUGACCUUUGGAAAACUGGCUCCCAUCCUAGGAUCAUGUCCUCCAAGUCCAUGAGUGCACAAAUAGAGAAGCAGCAAGAGUUCUCCAUGUAGUGGCUUUUGGAGAGGGCUUGAAAUUGUGGAAAAUACCAGUUUAACAAUGGGACCUACGUAGACUUCUCCAAAAUUAUAGAUAAAACUAGUAUUGGUGCUUGAUAUAAUUGGAUGAUUUUGCGUCUUUCAUUGAAGGCAAGGAAUAAAGAUUGUACAAAUGAAUAUAAAAAGUGGGCAAAAAAAAUAGGGCUCUGAAAAUUUGAAUAUUUGGAAAUGACUUUUAUUCCAAUGGAAUUUCAUCAGUAAAUGUUGAAAAUACUUCAUUGAAAAUGUGAAAUUUGCAAAAUUGCCGAAAAACCAUUUGAAAGUAUCUAUUGUGUGAGAGAGAAAGUGUGUGUGUGUGUGUGUGUGUGUGUGUGUGUGUGUGUGUGUGUUUCUGGCAACCUUGGUAGGUUAUCGACUGUGUGUACUAUGUCAUAAAUGUAUCCACUCCUGGGUAAUGAAUGACUUAUGGUUGGCAAGUGUUUUGAAAUAAAUUAGGUUCACUAAUAAAAAUGUUAAUUUCUA